AUGUUCACUUAACCCUCAGGUGCUAAGUCUUCAGCUUAAAGCACUCCAUAUAAAACUAAAUAUCAUCAUCCAGAAUAAGAAGAAACAAUAUCUGAAGAUGAAUCACAAAUUAACAAUAUUCUCAAAGCCUUAAAACAAUAGUAAAUAUAAAUAAUAUUUGAAUUUUUUCUUUUCUAGAUAUCUUAUAAUGGAUAAUACACUCAAUGAAAAAGAAGAAGAGAAAUCUCAAAUUUUAGAAGACAUUCAAAUUUUGAAUCAAAGAUUACAAUAGUUAAAUAAGUCAAUUGUAAUUAAAAGAUAAAAAUAUGAAAAAUGUGAUAGAACAUUAAAAGAAGCAGAGUCUGCAUUUGCAACAAUUGCUGAUUCUACCAAGUCUCUGUUGCAAAUUGUCAAAAGUAACAUAGGGGACAUCAGCAAAAAAUAAAAAAAUUGA